GCGCCCCGGUCUCUAAUGGCUGAACAACAACAAACUGUCUGCUGACAAACUUUACCAAACUUCUUCACACACAAAGGAAAGUUAGAAAUAGCUUCGCGUUUCCGUUGUAUACCAGUUUAGUUGUGUUUGUUUGUUCUUCCUUUAAUCACAAAUGUGGAAUUACUGAUGGAUCCGAGGUAUGACAUACCGCGGAGGGCCGCCGGUGGCGGCGGCGGGGGCUCCGCGAACUCGUCCCCCGCUCUGGGGUCUCAGUCCCGCCGCAGGAAGAUGCCUCCCAGACCCGCUGAUUUCAAACUUCAAAUUAUCAUUAUUGGCUCCCGUGGUGUCGGUAAAACCAGCCUCAUGGAAAGAUUCACCGACGACACUUUCUGCGAAGCCUGCAAGUCGACCGUAGGAGUUGACUUCAAAAUCAAGACAGUUGAGCUGAGAGGAAAGAAGAUCAGACUACAGAUAUGGGACACUGCUGGCCAGGAGAGAUUCAACAGCAUCACAUCCGCUUACUACAGAGGAGCUAAGGGAAUAGUGCUUGUGUAUGAUCUGACAAAACAGGAGACUUUUGAUGACCUGCCCAAAUGGAUGAAAAUGAUAGACAAGUACGCCUCAGAGGAAGCAGAACUUCUGCUGGUCGGGAACAAGCUGGACUGUGAGACUGAUCGCAUCAUCUCCAGACAACAAGGAGAGAGGUUUGCCUCUCGAAUAAGUGGAAUGCGCUUCUGCGAAGCCAGUGCCAAGGAUAACUUUAAUGUGGAUGAGAUCUUCCUGAAGCUUGUGGAUGACAUCCUGAGCAAGAUGCCUCUGGAAGUUCCCAACAAGGAGCUUUCCAACAGCGUCCUGUCGCUGCAGCCUGAACCGGAAGUGCCGCCGGAGUUGCCCCCUCCCCGCAUGCGCUGUUGUUGAGAGUCAGAGUGGUCCCCCAUCCUACACAACACACACACACAUACAUGCACACACCCAGCUCACACAUGCAGAGCACCAACAUGGCCACCAGGGGGCAGCAGCAGUUUGAAGUUAUAAAAAAAAAAAGAAGCUGCUGUUACUUGCAUGGACUCUCUGAAACAAACAGUAUUAUCCUCCUCCUCCUCCUCCCUCCUGUUUCUCCUCCUGUUUUGUAACCGAACACUAUGACCUGCAACACACUAACACUUAGGCCUGGUGAAUCACCCACUUCCCACCACCUUUGUGUCUACACUCGACCCAGACUACCUCAUUGCUCGGACGGUUAGGCUAGCUGUGCCCCGCAGGUGCCUUCUAGGUAGAGAGCCCUCUGGUAGCAGUUGCACAUUUUCUGAAGAGGGGGGAUUACUGAGGGCCUUUCAGCUCGUUCUCUUCCUGUUUUCUCAUCACACACACUAAGUUCGAGACCUACUGUUCUCUCUGCAUUUUCUAGCUCACAGUUAAGGGGUAACAACAUCCAGCUUUGUUUAAAUUCUGGGUCUAUAGGUACAGUAGUUUUACGUACUUAUUAUUAGAUAUUGUUAACUUGAGGUAAAACAAAAAAAAAAGCACAUGGUGUAAAUAUGGUGUGUAGCUGUAAUGACUGGACAAGGUGGAGACGUUUGUAGGUGGUUGUGAGGUGGUGAUCAUAUCAGUUUAUAUUGCUUUUGCCUUAAAGUAUUAAAGUGGCUGCGAUUCAAAUGUGUAUAAAUUGUUUUUGCACUACAAUCCAUCUUCCCGGAGUUAAGCUGACGUGCAAGAAAAAGGAAAAAAGCACACGAUUCGUAGUUUAGCGCUAAUAAAGAUCGAUGUUGCCUCAGCGGCGGCCGCUCUGAACUCCUCCGCACCUUGUCUGAGAGUGGGAUGGAUGGAGACGCAAGGAGAGAUGGGUAAUGUAGUCUUUUGAGGGAUUGGUGUUCGUAUAGGGGCAUUCUCCGUGUGUGUUACCGGCUUGUAGGGAAGGAACAGAGACAGCAAGAAGCCCGGACACACAAACACACAUGGUUUUACCCUUUGUUGUUGUUGUUACUAAUAUUUCACGUUUUUGUUUUUCUUCUUCCUCUGAAUUCAGAUACAGUUUAAAGAAGAAUGUGUGAGUCUCUCCGCGAAGGUUUGUUUAGUAUUGGAAUGACUCAGGAAACUUUGAUCGGCUCAUUUUGUUUCAUCAUAGACUCGAUUCGCUUUGAGUUUCACGACAAAUUAUUAAAGAAGCAUCUUAAAGUUAAUGAUUAAAGUGCACUUUUGCGUUAUUAGAGCGGCUUUGAAUUGUUUAAUUUGGCAGUUCUGUUAUGGACCAGUAUGUGGAUAUCCCAUGACUUGCACAUUUUCAAAAAUGCUACACUAUGCAUGUAAUGUAAGCCCAACUAUACUGUUAUUUCUUCCGUCUUGACAUGAAUGCAAUAUUGGCGACGUAGCACUGUGAGUGUUUCUGUUGAGUUCUUACGUAUUGAAGUAAAAGCUCGAGUCUGAGGGACGAGCCAGCUCAAAGGACCUGAUCUGAAAUUACUCAAACUCACUUUCUCUCUGUUCAUUUUUUCUUUUUUUUUAAAUUGAAGUUUCAUGUUAAGCUUUUGUGGGCUUAAAACCGGCACAUUAUGUAUUCUAACAAAUGGACAGUUUCAUGCCAAAACAAAAGAUGGCGUCAUAAUGUAACAUUCACUGCAGCACAUUUUGCAAUAAGAUUAUCAGCCAGCAAAUCAACCUUUGCAUACAAAGUUUAUCUGCAGUUUCCUCACUUGUUUCUGGAGUGAAACUUUCAUUUGUUCCCCCCUCCCCUUGUCCUCUCUUUUACUUUUAGCAUUUGGCACUAACCCUGUGGUCUUUGUUUUAAUAGCCAAGCCUUAUACUACUCAGUGUUUAAAAAAAAAAUCAACCUUUCUAGAGAACGCUAUUAUUUGAAACGUGUAUCCUUAAAGAUGGAAGACUGUACUUUGUAUUAAACCUGUUAUCUUUGAAAAGUUUUGGCAUGUUUAAAGCAGAUUUGUGGUAUUUAUAACUUGUGGCAUUCUUGAACUAAUGAAAUGCAAUUAAAGAUGUCUAUAUUUAUUACCAGA